AUGCAGCGACGACCAAUCUUGAUGGGACUUGCGCCCUUCGCCUUCGCCCGGUCGACCAGCCCGUCAUCGACAGCCCUCAUCUCCAGCACGACACCUGUGCUUACCCAAUCGCGCUUCGUUUCGAUCAUAAAGUCCGCCGCCAAGAAGCGUUUCCGCGUCACCGGACCCUUCGCCAAGCGCAAGGUCGUGUGGCACCCACGGAAGCUCGGGGGCAAGAGCAAGACUGUGGGUCCCGAGCGGGUGCACUUUACCAAGCUCUUCCCUCUUUCCGGCCUGUAA